AUGGACACCUUACUAACCGCAGAGAUCGUGGCCAACUCGCCGCAAUUUCGGCGCAAGUCUUCCAUUUUUGUCGAUGCUAUUCACGACCUGCCGGAAAAGGCCGAUCUAGCGCCGGCUCAGCUGUACAGCACGGAAUCUGGCCGCCUUUUUCACUCGGGACGAAUCGUGAUUAUCACCGUGGGGUUGCCUGCAAGAGGCAAAACACAUAUUUCUGUAGCCUUAGCCCGGUACCUUCGAUGGCUUGGAGUCAAGACCAGGAUUUUCCAUCUGGGUGAUUACCGGCGUGCUACUAUUCCCUUUGGUGAGGACAUGCCCGAUGAUUACUUUUACGUGAACGCAACCGCAUCAUCUGUCCUACUCCGCCAAAAGAUUGUGAGAAAGUGCCGUGAGGAUAUUUAUCAUUUCUUGAAUCAUGAAAAGGGCCAGAUUGCGAUCUACGACGCUGUGAACCCCUUGGCCUCGGGGCGGCGUUCUCUUGCGAAGGAAUUUGCGAAGCAUGACAUCGAGACUCUCUUCAUCGAAUCCUGGUGCGAUGAUGAACGCAUCAUCGAAGAGAACGUUCGCAGGGUCAAGAUCUCGUCCCCCGAUUAUGUCUCAUGGAAGCCAGAAGAUGCGGUCCAACAUUACUUAACGCGCAUCUCCUCCCGCAUUCCCCAGUUCCAAACUAUGGACGAAAAGGACUUAAACUACAUCAAGAUGAUCAACGCGGGCGAGCGACUUAUUGUCAAUAACCGAAGCUUUGGCUACCUCUCUAACCGCAUCGUGUUCUACCUUCUGAACCUUCAUAUCAAAUCAAGACGAACCUACUUUGUGCGGGCCGGUGUUUCACUGGAGGCCGAUUCCUACAAAGCUGAUGCGUCUCUGUCUGAGCAAGGGGAAGAUUACGCCAAAAAGAUGACCGAGCGACUGCUGGCCCAUCGAGAAUCAGAGAAACAGGCUAUGAUUGACCGAGGCGAGACAGGCUACGAACUGCGAUCACUUAAGGUCUGGACUUCGACGAGACGUCGAACGGUUGAAACUGCCAAAUACCUCUACGAAAAAGGAUACAAGGUUCGACAGCGGUCUCAGAUGAGCCAACUCAACCCCGGCGUUUGUGAGAAGAUGUCGGAGCGCCGGAUUAGAGCCGAGUGGCCCGACGAGGUUGCAAAGCAUGAGCUUGACCCUUACCACCACCGGUAUCCCCGGGCAGAGUCCUAUCACGAUCUCGCUGUUCGCCUCGAACCAAUUAUCCUGGAAUUGGAAAGAGAGCAGACCGACCUGCUCAUUAUUGCCCACGAAAGUGUCCUGAGGGUCUUGUAUGGCUACCUGAUGGCUUGUAACGCCGCCGAUAUUCCGUUCUUGCAAUUUCCUCGGGAUGAGAUCAUUGAGAUAAUCCCUGAGAGCUACCAGAAUGAGGCCUCGCGUAUUCACAUCCCCGGUCUCCCAGAAGAGAUCAUCCCCGACUCGCCUGAGGACUUGAAGAUUCCUGUGCCCCCAAGUGGAGGGGUCUCCCCGAUGCAAGGGCUAGGCAGCCCUCUUGAAGGCCCCGCGACGCCUCGGAGUGGAUUCCGGACUCCAAGCGGGGUUCGGACCCCUCGCGAGCCCGAGAGGAUCUCACAGCAACACGUCGAAGACGUUGUCUAG